CGUUGUUCCGCUCUGUUGGAAUUUAUAUGAAGAGUGUGCUAAUGUUCAGCUCCACUAAUUGGUUUCACUCUUGUCGCUGUGGGUUUUGGUUCAGCUUCUUGUUCUUUUUCGCAAGUAAGCUUAACAUAACAAGGGUUGCUCCAUGACGACUCGAAUUGCGCCUGGUGUUGGAGCCAAUUUGCUCGGUCAACACGCCGCCGAGAGGAAUCAAGACGCCACUGCUUAUGUCGGCAAUCUCGACCCUCAGAUAAGUGAGGAGUUAUUGUGGGAGUUGUUUGUUCAAGCGGGUCCAGUUGUUAAUGUCUAUGUUCCAAAAGAUAGAGUCACCAACCAACAUCAGGGUUAUGGAUUUGUUGAAUUCCGGAGUGAAGAAGAUGCUGACUAUGCCAUCAAGGUGCUUAACAUGAUUAAGCUUUAUGGGAAACCGAUCCGUGUCAACAAGGCAUCCCAAGAUAAAAAGAGCUUGGAUGUUGGGGCAAACCUUUUUAUUGGCAAUCUUGAUCCUGAUGUAGAUGAGAAGCUCUUGUAUGAUACUUUCAGUGCUUUUGGAGUUAUUGUUACUAAUCCGAAGAUCAUGAGAGAUCCUGAUACAGGGAAUUCCCGAGGUUUUGGCUUCAUUAGCUAUGAUUCAUUUGAGGCGUCUGAUUCUGCCAUUGAGGCAAUGAAUGGACAAUAUCUUUGCAAUCGUCAAAUUACAGUGUCGUAUGCUUAUAAGAAAGACACCAAGGGUGAACGGCAUGGUACCCCCGCAGAAAGAGUUUUGGCUGCAAGUAAUCCAAGUGCACAGAAGAGCAGGCCUCAUACUCUAUUUGCCAGUGGACCUCCAACACUUCCCAAUGUUCCUCAGGCUAAUGGGGUUGCUCCAGUGCCCCCCCGACCCUUUGCCAAUGGGGUUGCUCCUGCCCUUCGUCCACCACCCCCUCAAGCUGCAGCAUUCCAGCCUAUGCCGGUGGCUGGACAACCAACAUGGCAUCAGCAACAGCCAGGUCAAACAAUGUUACAACCCGUAAUGCCACCUCCACCUCAAGUCCAGCAGUUCAGGCCACCUCACCCGGGUAUGCAGCAGAUGCCACCACCUCCACAAGCUCCUCCAAGGCCUCUUCCACCACCGGCAGUAAUGGCAAGUCAGCCACCACCUGUUUGGCGACCACCACCACCUCAGCAACAAGGUGGACGGCCUAUGUACCUGCAGUCCUCAAUGCCGCCACCACCACCUCCCCAGUAACCCUGCUAUACCACCACCUUUGAAUUGAAGGAAUGCAAAUCAUAUGGAUUUUCCCGACUCCCCAAAAUCUGGAUUUUGGCCCAUUUAUUGUUAGUUAGUUGUGUUGCGUUAUAUUUCUGAACUGCAGUGUAGAUUGUAAUAUGAACGUCCUUCACAGUCAACAAUCAUAUAAUUAUUCCUGACCAGAAAAGCGAGACAUUUGAGUUUUGGCUUUAACUAAUUAGCAUGCAUGCCUAGAAGUCUGGCAAUGUAAAAUGCGUAUGAAUAGUGUUGCAAAAAAAGAAAACACUUACUUU